UUAUGCUACCUUCGUAGAACCACCUGCUUUGAAGCUCUGAACAUCCGUAAAGCAUACAUAACUUCUAUAUAGAUAUUUAUGUAUUCAAAUGGAUUAUGAACGUUAUUGUAGAUCUCACUUUGACGAUAGAAAGAUGUGUGCAACUGUUUAACCCGUUGUGUGUACGUAAAUACACGGAAAAAUGAGAUUGUUAUUUUUUGUGACUUUGCUUGGAUUUUCUUGUUUUUGCAAUGAAGUAUUCGGAGUGCACAUAUCAAACCUGAGUGGCUCAUGUUUCCGAUGCCUCUGUCACGUGGCCGGGUGUGACAUGACGAGGGGCUGCAGUGAUGGGUACUGCGGUCCGUUCUUCAUAUCCAGGGUGUACUGGGUAGAUGCGGGGAAGAUAACCUUACCUGAUGAUGAUCCGGAGAGGCAAGAAGCUUUUGAAGACUGUGCCAGAGACUACCACUGCUCAAUCAGAAUCAUUGAGAGCUACAUGGCGAAGUUCGGAAAGGACUGCAACCACGACGGCGUAACGGACUGCUUCGAUUACAUGAUGAUCAACUACCACGGCGGGCGCGGCUGCUCCAAGCCGCUGUUCCUCACGCAGUCAGGCAGGAGGUGGCUCAAGUCUUACCUUGAAUGUCGCUUUUGAACUGGGCCUUUUAUGCAACUAGUUGUUUCUUGCGGAUUCACCUGCGCAACUGGGAAACUACUUCUUGUUAGAUUUCCAAAUACAAUGUAACUAAUGUCAUAUCAGGAUAGUGUAGCUUUCUCAUCAGUGAAUUUUUGAAAUCGAUCGAUAGUUUCGGAUAAUGUACAAAAACAGUAUCUUCUGCUGGCCCGUAAAUGUUCGAGUUUACUGAGAAAUCCAAAAUCUAUAUUGAAAGGGUCUUCACGGGUAUUGUGCCAUAUAACUUUCUUGAACGAUACCUCAUAAUUUAUGUUUAACCGACUUCUAUUUAAAGGAGGAGGUUCACACUUGUUUUUUAUAUACUCUGAUAUACUUUCAAACUAUAAAAAAAUAAGAUUUUAUAUCGUAAUAUUAACUUUAUUGUAAAAAAUACAUAACGUCAGUCAAUUAAUGCUUAUUUACUGUACUAAUCAUGCUAAAUAUAAAAACGUAAAUUAUAAUAAAAGUAUUGUACUUAAACUAAAUUAUUUCUUAGUUAAUAUAUUUACAUACAAUAAACAUUUAGAUUUUUUUAUUUUCAUUCAUAUUCGCUGCCUCGCUCCGUAUAAAAUUAAGAGUAUUUGAAAAUAAGUAGAUUUAAUUCGUGCUACUUUUUAAAUUAUAUUUUAACUUAGGUGUACUUAGUCCAGUGCAUUAUUAUUCUAGUAGGAUACUUAAUAAUAUGUUUUUAAAGAAGUGGGAUUCAUAGCCUCAUUCGUCAUCGAUCUACAGUAGUCGAAACAAUUAAUUUUUUUUCAGAGUAUGAAGAAAAAAACUAAUUUAAAGCAAAUUAUUGGAGAAUCAGUCAUUCGCAGCUCUAAAAAACACAAAUGUAACUUAACGAAUAUAAAUGUACCAUGAUUAA